AUGGUUGCUACUAUCGGCAUGAUAAAAACGCGUAAACUUUUGCUUUUACCGCUUAUUUUUCGACGUAAUGUACAGCAACUGAAAAGUGUACCCUCAGUUAUAGAAACUGUUUACGCACCUCCCGAAAAAAUUAACCCAGCUAAGGAAACAGGCUUUGUGGGUUUAGGAAUACGACCACAAAUUUGUGAUGCACUGGAUCAACAUUUUCAUAUAAUAACACCGACACACUGCCAAAGAAAGAUAAUACCACCAAUAUUAGAGGGUAGAGACGUGAUAAUACGUGAUUUGACCGGAUCCGGCAAAACAUUUGGUAUAAUACUCGCGUUACUUAACAAAGCUCGAGCACAUACAAAAAUCAAGGUUGUAGAAAAAAUUAAUCGGUUUCAACAGAGACCAUCAAGAUUCUCAUCAAAAUCAUCACCACCACCACAAACGCGGAAAAUAAUACGACGUGGACCACCAUGUAUAACGAGUGUUGUAGUGCUCCCGAGUCGUGAACUUGCUUUCCAAGUGGAAGGAUGGAUCCGCUCAUUGUUACAGAAUGUGGGGUUUCCCUCAUUGAAACCGAUUAUUCAAGUGGUAGUUCGUGGACAAAAUAUUGAUCCCGAAGAACAAGUAAACGAUUUACGUGAGAAUCCACCGCAUUUGAUGAUUGGCACCGCAACACGAAUAGAAGAAAUUGUUAAUGAACGUAAAGUGGACUUUAAAUUUUUGAAUACUUUGGUGCUUGAUGAAGCUGAUCAUUUACUAAGGCUACCAGGAAAACACGCGCCAUUGAAAAGUAUCAUGAAUCGCGAUAAACAUCCAAAACCUGCUGAACUAUUAACCAGGCAAAUUAUGGAACGAGCAUCUAGUAAACCUCAGGUGAUUGUAGCGUCGGCAACUGUGAAUAACGCGUUGCGGCAUUAUUUCAAUUUCAAUAGAUUUGUAAUAAAUCCACUAUUCGUUGAUGUUACUGGUGGUACAAUAACCCCGUCAACCAUAUUACAUCAUUGUCUAAUGAUAAGUUCAGAAGCAAUCAGAAAUAUCAGUCCGAAAAUAGAAUUAACCAGAGAGGAAAAAAUAGCAAAAAGCAGAGAAUACUAUGAAUUAAAAAAGCAAAAACAUAAUGACAAUCUUGCUGAUAGAAUUAAAUUCGAUGAUAACGAUGAUCGAAUGCUUGACAGUGUAGCAGUUGCAUAUGAUUUAGAACAAGUAGAAACAGGAAUCUUGUUCAUCCCGAAUCGAUUCAAUGUUCCGAAACUAGUGACGCGACUGCACGAAUUCGGGCUCCCAGCAAAAGAAUUGACAUCCGACGAGAUGCAAAAGAUAAAAGAGCGCCCUUUACAUUUAUUUGGGAACAUGACGCGAAACAUUCUGUACGUUGCUACGGAAUUUUCCGCGCGUGGAAUUGAUAUACCAAGUAUCUCGCAUGUUUUUGUUUUGGGAAUGCCUAGUUCGGCUUCUUGUUAUUUACACAUGGCGGGAAGAACGGGACGAAUGGGUAGAGAAGGCAAGGUUAUUAGCUUUAUUAGGGACUUUGGUGGCUCUGAGUCGAAGAUAAGGACAAUGCUUAAAUUAUUAGAGAUAGAUGUUAAACCUUAUGAGCACGUUGAAUAA